AUGUCCACAACAACCAGUCCGGCCCCGGAUGCUACCAGUACACAUCACAGCAACGGUGACGGGGGUCCGACAAGCUCCCCUCUACUUUUCUUUGUCGCUCUCGGGUUUGGGGUUGUGUUCACGAAUCUAUGGAUCAUUGUCGGAGUAAAGUACUGUUUUCGCUACAAUCAGCGCAAUCGCCAACUGCGAAACGAAGAAACUGGGGAUCCCAUCGAUUUGGUCCCCAUGCCCCGACCGCACCGACGAAGAAGGGAGAAGAAGUUGAUGAGCAUGGACGAGGUCAAUGAGAGAUUUCCUCUUGUCAAAUACAAGGUAUGGAGGUCCUCUCGUGCGAAUGAAGGUCUCCCGACAGAAGGGGGGAUAUCGGCGCCGAAUAGUCGGCCGCAAAGCCUCAAGGGCGAAACCCACGGCUCUUCUCCAAGUGUCGGAAUUCACGAUCUACCAACGGCCUCACAGACUAAGGGCCACUAUCGAGUUGAUUCGACCACAUCCCAGUCGUCAAGCCCUCCCCAACAUGUGGAAAUGUCGAUGGUGCAGCCCCAGGGGUCUGAUUCACAUUACGCCGAGGUGAAAAAGGAGUAUGAGCACGAUUCGUUGGAAGCCGACGAUGAGGACAUGGACAAUCACAUUAGCACCGCUGUUCCUACCGAAAUGCUACCCAAUCCGGGCGAUUCCUGCGCCAUUUGCCUUGAUAUGAUCGAGGAUGACGAUGACAUCCGAGGGCUGACGUGUGGACACGCUUUUCAUGCAUCGUGUGUUGAUCCGUGGUUAACAAGUCGGAGGGCUUGUUGCCCGCUAUGCAAAGCGGAUUACUAUAUUCCAAAGCCGCGCCCAGAACGUUCUGAGCCGUCCGAGAAUCCUGACCGCUCCGGCCGCGGCCAGUCGACUCGCAUCACUGUCCUGAACGCACCGGAACCUGUCUUCAUCGGAGGCAGAGUAAAUCCGUUCAGGACACGACGGAUAGCACCGAGGCAGAGUACGUCUUCUCCAAGCAGACUCACAACACAAUUUUCCCUGCCGCAUUUUGGACGACAACGGAAUAACCACACCGAGGGCUCAUCAGACCCUGCACAAGAGCGCCCUGGUCACCGAAGCUGGGUUUCGAGAUUCCCUUCUGUUCGGAGUCUUAGACUUCCCAUGUUCUCUUCUAGUCGACGGUCCACUCCCACAGAAGCAGGCACUCAAAAUGCAACCGGGCCGCGGUCACAAGAAGAGAGAACGCCGAGUCAACUAGAGGCUGGCACCCGCACCUAG